GCGUUAUAUUGCCCGGUGGCAGCUUACAUACUGUACUUCCCGCUCCACCUACAACGUCAUAGGUCCAAGUCCGACGGGAGCUGUCGUCUCAAUUCUUACAUGAACCGCAAACAGACACCUUCGCCUGAACUGUCCUGACCUACCCAAACACCCACAGAAACACGGCCAUCUGAAAUGGAGGACCGAUCCAUCACGUUAACCACCAAACCCGGCGCUUCAUUGCGCAUCUCGAUCCACACCCCUGAGCAGUCUCCCGCGGACUCGAACUCCAUCUCAAAUCCGCUGUCCGACACCCUCGUGGUAUUCCUCAACGGCCUUGCACUGCCACGCGCCGCCUGGUCCGGGGCCAUCAACCACCUUAUCUCCCUGCGGCGGGACUCCCGACAGCCCCUCCCCGCUGCCCUGCUCAGCUACGACCGGUACGGCCAGGGCGAGUCGGACCCGGACCCGACCGACUUAGACACACCCUACGGGCACGGCCCCGAAGCCUCCGUCGCCGACCUCCACCAGCUGCUCACCCAGCUCUGCCCAGAGAUCCUGCCCAAUUCCAAGUCGCUGGAGGAAGCACGGCUGGUGCUGGUGUGCAACUCGAUCGGGUGCGCGCUGGCACGCCUCUACGCGGCCGCCCACCCGGGCCGGGUCGCGGGCUAUCUCUUUCUGGACUCGAUGAUGGCCAACACGGAUUUUGUCUCCCUCUUCCCCGCGGACCCGGACGGCGACGACGACGACGCCGACCUCGUCCGCCACGCCCGCGCCGCGUUUGGCGAGCAUUUCCACCCGACCGUGCCCAACCCCGAGCAUUUGGACCGGCGGAACCUGGCCGCGCUGCUCCCGCACGCCGAUCGCCCUGCCCUCCCUGCGGGUCCCGGAGGGAGAGUCCCGCGGCUGGUUGUCCUCGGGCAUGACUGGGACGAGUUUGCCGAGCAGUGCGAGAAGGGCCCAUUGUCCGUGGCAAAGUCGGUCAUCAAUGAGUAUGUGAACCCAGCCUGGGGAGCAUACAACGAAGGGCUCACCCGGCUCGUGCCGGCCGACCGCUCGGGCGAGGUGAAGAUCGCCAAGGGUUGCGGUCACUUCAUCCAAAAGGACGACCCGGCAUUUGUAGCUAAGGAAAUCAGCGACCUUCUGAACGGUUUGUAGAGCGGUAACUAAGUCAACACUUGCUCUUGUCAGUAUUUCGGCGCCCCUUUCUUGGGGCGGAGCGCAUUGUUGAGUGUAGCACAGAACAGCGGCCGAACACCUAGAGAGAGAAUGCUGGACAUUUCUAUUCUAGAAUCUCCGAAUCGAGAGCACCGCGCGAAGGCCUGUAACUAUGCUGCAACCACAAUCAAUGAAAGCCGUACCAUGGCAC